AUGAAUUUGUUGUUUUUGUUGCUGGUCGUUUGCAUAGCUAUGGUAGCAUACGGGAGAGAUUCGAGACGAACUUCGACCAAGAGUCAACUGCAAAUAUCACCCACAAAUAUUCAAAUGGAUUCUGAAGGUAAAGACCGUAUCAAUGAUAAUUAUAUAUUAUACUCACGAAAAAACGGUGCUGCGAAAACCGCUUACAAAGCUGUGAAUAAAAGAUGGACACGGGACAUUUCUAUGCAGAAAGUCGAGGAAAUUUUGCAGGAACCCAAUAAGAUGAAGGAGAUUGGCUUAAACAUUCUAAAUUGUAUCUUAAAUAAUAACAUUCUACAGAAAUUCUACCAAAUGCGUCUUUUGAUAAGACCCAAGUCGAAGCAGUGCCCAACAGGAAUGGUUCGAAACAGUAGAGGUGAAUGCGUUUUUAAGUUUGAUGACGUUUGA